AUGGCUACGCAAACGGCUAAAGAGAUCAAAACUCACAAUGAGUACACAGUGGGAUGGGUGUGUGCCCUCCCAAAGGAACUAACCGCGGCAACAGCCAUGUUGGAUCAGAGACAUGGCGCCCUACCGAAACCUGCAAAUGAUUCGAAUACAUACACUCUGGGGUCAAUUGGCAAACAUAACGUAGUUAUUGCUUGUCUACCCAAAGGUCAUAUCGGCAACAAUUCAGCUGCAACUGUUGCAACCCAAAUGGUAUCUACUUUUCCGUCCGUCAGAUUUGGUUUGAUGGUUGGCAUCGGCGGCGGCAUUCCACCGAAGGUCAGACUUGGUGAUGUUGUCGUCAGUACUCCUGUCGGCAGCUUUCCUGGAGUGGUCCAGUGGGAUUUCGGCAAGGCGACGGAUGGUGGCUUCGAGCGGACUGGGUCAUUGAACAACCCUCCAUCCUCACUUCUCACAGCCAUAACAGCAUUGGAAACAGAGCAUGAUCUAGUGGGAUCCAAGAUACCAGAGUAUCUGGAUGAGUUGAAACAGAAAUGGCCCAGAUUGGUGACAAGAUAUCUCAAGUCCGGCUCAAUGAAAGACGUUUUGUUCAGGGCAGACUAUGUUUGCGAGAGCACCGCGGAGCACGACAUCAUUUCCAACAGUGAUGCGGAAGACAAAGAAGAAGAAGAAGGAGGAGGAGAAGAAGAAGAAGAAGAAGAAGAAGAAGAGAGCUGUCGGUUUUGCGAUAAGACCAAAGCUAUACAGAGAACGCCUCGAGAUAUGCGUGUCCACUAUGGCCUGAUCGCUUCGGGCAAUCAAGUCAUUAAGAGUGCCACUCACCGAGAUAAACUUAACAAAGAUCUUAGUGGCAAACUUCUCUGCAUUGAAAUGGAAGCUGCAGGGCUUAUGAACAACUUCCCAUGCAUUAUCAUACGGGGAAUUUGUGACUAUGCUGACUCGCAUAAAAACAAAGAUUGGCAAGAGUACGCUGCAGCUAUAGCAGCGGCAUUUGCAAAAGAGCUUUUAGGCUAUGUACAGCCCAGCGACGUUGAUGGAGAGCGCACAGUCAAAGACAUUCUUGGUGACGUUCAUACGAGCGUAUCAGCAACAAGGCUUGACGUUUCAAACAUAAAAUCUAACUUGGAUAAUGACAUGAACCUCCAGAUCCUCGAUUGGAUCACCUCAAUUGACUACGGCCCUCAACAGAGCGACUUCUUCAAUAGGCGGCAGCCAGAGACUGGGCAAUGGCUCCUUGACUCCACAGAGUAUCGGGCUUGGUUAGGGACUGAGAAGCAGACACUCUUCUGCCCAGGAAUCCCUGGAGCUGGGAAGACUAUUCUGACUUCCAUCGUGGUUGACCAUCUUGAAAAUACAUUUAAAGCUCCAAAAAUUGGCAUUGCUUACAUUUACUGCAACUAUAAGCGCCAAGAAGAGCAGGUAAUAGAGAAACUACUCUCAAAUCUACUGAAGCAAUUGAGUCGAGGACAGCAUCCUCUCCCAAACUGUGUGAGGGACAUGUAUAGCGAACAUAAUUAUAAGCGGACCAGGCCUUCACUCAGCAAGAUCCAGAAAGUUCUUCACUCAGUGGUGGAGAUGUUCUCGAGAGUUUUCAUUGUUGUUGACGCGCUUGAUGAAUGCCAAAAUUCCAAUGGUUGUCGGCAAAACCUAUUUACAGAGCUCUUCAACCUCCAGGAGAAAUGCGAAGUGAAUCUCUUUGUGACAUCGAGAUUCAUUCCAGAUAUUGUUGACCGUUUCACAACGGCCAGCAUAUCACUAGAGAUUCGUGCAAGCACCGAUGAUAUACAGACAUACCUAAAGAAUCACAUCUCUCAACUGCCGAUUUUAAGCCAACAGAAAGAUGAACUACAAAAAGAGGUUGUGACUGUAAUCUCAGAAGCUGUUGAUGGAAUGUUUCUUUUAGCACAGAUCUAUUUAAAGUCACUAAGCGACAAGAUAACAACAAGAGAUAUCAAAGAUGCAUUGAAAGGCUUCCAGAAGUCAAUCUCGGGACCCGAGGAGAAAGAUCAGGCCAAGAUCCUUGCCGAUGCAUACAAUCAAACAAUGCUGCGAAUCAACGGACAGCAACCCGGAUUUAAAGACCUUGCCCAUAAGGUUCUAUCGUGUAUCAUUUGCGCAGAGCGACAGCUCACUAUAACGGAACUCCAGCACGCGCUUGCUGUUGAGGUUAAUGAUACAGAACUCGACGAAGAUAAUCUUCCAGCAAUCCAAGUCAUGGUCUCGGUAUGUGAUGGAUUAGUCAUAGUCGACGACGAUAGUAACAUCAUUCGAUUGGUCCAUUAUACAACGCAGCAGUACUUCGACCAAACACGAGAAAGCUGGUUUCCUAAUGCAGAGAUUAUUAUGACAGAGAUUUGCAUCACCUACCUCCUAUUUAAUGCGUUCGAAAGCGGGCCCUGCCACACAAACGAGGAGUUUUUAAUGCGGAUGAAUCUCAAUCCUCUUUACAAUUAUGCGGCUCAAAAUUGGGGGCAUCAUGCGCGGAAGGCCUUUAGGUUGUCCAAUAAGGUCAAGGAGCUUCUAGAAUGUGAGGCGAAGGUGUAUGCAUCAAUUGAGGCACUGAUAACGUUUGGGUAUAAUGACAAAGAAUAUCACAAAAUGACAAGCCUUCACUUAUCUGCCUUCUUUGGUAUCAAAGAAGCGGCCAAAGUCCUUCUCGAGAAAACAGCGGAUGUCGACACAAACGAUCAUACUGGAGCAACGCCGCUAUCAUGGUCAGCACGUAACGGGCACGAGGCUGUUACUAAGUUACUGCUUGCCACAUCAAGUAUCAAAGUUAACUCCAGGGAUAGAUACGGCCGUACGCCGCUAUUAUGGGCAGCACAGAACGGGCACAAAGCUAUUGUCAAGCAACUACUUGCAAUGCCUGACGUCGAAAUUAACUCGAAGGACUGGGGAGGAGAUACACCUCUAUCAAUAGCAAUAAGCAGAGGGCACGAAGCUAUUGUUAAGUCACUGCUUGCGAUGCCUAGCAUUAAGGUUAACACUACGGAUAUAACAGCAAGUGAAGGGCACGAGGCAGUUGUUAAGCUACUACUUGCGUUACCUAGCAUUAAUGUUAACUCUACGGAUUCAAGUGGUCAAACACCCUUAUCAGCAGCAUCAAAUGGAGGACAUGAAGCUGUUGUUAAAUUACUGCUUACAGUGCCUAGCAUUGAGGUUAACUCUACGGAUCUAAGUGGCCGGACACCGCUAUGGUUGGCAGCAAAUGGAGGGCACGAGGCAGUUGUUAAAUCUCUGCUUGCGAUACCUAGCAUCAAAAUCAACUCUACGGAUUCAAGUGGCCAGACACCCUUAUCAGCAGCAUCAAAUGGAGGACAUGAGGCUUCUAUUAUUAAUCUACUGCUUACGGCUGGAGCAGACCUGAAUAUCCGGAACGUAUAUAACCAGACGCCGCUGCAGGAGGCAGUAGAGCGAGGGCAAGAGUCUGUCGUUAGUCUAUUACUUGAGGCUGGAGCAGACCCGAAUCUCCGGAAUAAAUAUAACGGCCAGACGCCGCUAUGGGCAGCAGUAAGGCGAGGGAAAGAGUCUAUUAUUAAUCUACUGCUUAUGGCUGGAGCAGACCCGAAUAUCCGGGAUAAAUGUAACCAGACGCCGCUGCAGGAGGCAGUAGAGCGAGGGCAAGAGUCUGUUGUUAGUCUAUUACUUAAGGCUGGAUCAGACCUAAGCCCUGAGGGUCAUCACACCCGGAUACUAUUAUCUACCGCAGCACGUUGUGGGUACACAGCUGUUAUUAAGAUAUUACUCGCAGCUGGAGUAAACCCAGAUAUUGAAGAUAUAUCGUGUCAUGGUCAAACACCGUUGUGGAUAGCCCAAAAACUUGGGCAUACAAAAAUUGUUAACCUGCUCACCAACAAGGGUACUAACAUCAACUUAGUAGGUAAGGAUAACAAGGCAGAGCUGCUAACAACUGUUGGGACUGAACGAAAGCGGAAGUACGAGGAGAUAGAAUAG